AGAACCGGAAACAGUUGCUGUUUCAAGGGAGGUGGGACUGGGCGGGUCAGGCCGCAGCGGCUGACGGCGGGGGAGGAGCCGGGUCCACUGCCGGGUGGAGGGGCCAGGCGAGUGUCCUUAUCCUAGCGUUUGGGGCUCGGGCCUGUACAGUUGGAGUAGCAGCGGCGAGAAGGAUUGGGCCGAAAGGGGGAAGACAUGUUGCUCUUCGUGGAGCAGGUAACAUCUAAAGGAACUGGUUUAAAUCCUAAUGCCAAAGUAUGGCAAGAAAUCCCUCCUGGAAAUACGGACGCCACCCCAGUAACUCAUGGAACUGAAAGCUCUUGGCAUGAAACAGCAGCCACAUCAGGGUCCCAUCCUGAGGGUAAUACAGAGCUUUCAGCUGAUAUGUGUAAGGAAUAUGAAGUAAUGUAUUCAUCUUGUGAAACCACAAGAAAUUCUACAGGCAUUGAAGAAUCAACUGAUGGAAUGAUUUUAGGGCCAGAAGAUCUGAGUUACCAAAUAUAUGACAUUUCUGGAGAAAGCAAUUCAGCAAUUUCUACAGAAGACCUAAAAGAAUGUCUGAAGAAACAAUUAGAAUUCUGUUUUUCACGAGAAAAUUUGUCAAAGGAUCUUUACCUGAUAUCUCAAAUGGAUAGUGAUCAAUUUAUCCCAAUUUGGACCGUUGCCAACAUGGAAGAAAUAAAAAAGCUAACCACAGACCCUGAUCUAAUUCUCGAAGUAUUGAGAUCUUCUCCCAUGGUACAAGUUGAUGAGAAGGGCGAGAAAGUGAGACCAAGUCAUAAGCGUUGCAUUGUGAUUCUUAGAGAGAUUCCUGAAACAACACCAAUAGAGGAAGUGAAAGCUUUGUUCAAAAAUGAAAACUGUCCGAAGGUGAUAAGUUGUGAGUUUGCACACAAUAGCAACUGGUAUGUCACUUUCCAGUCAGACACAGAUGCACAAGAGGCUUUUAAAUACUUGAGAGAAGAAGUGAAAACGUUUCAGGGCAAGCCAAUCAUGGCAAGGAUAAAAGCCAUCAACACAUUUUUUGCUAAGAAUGGUUAUCGAUUAAUGGAUUCUAGUAUGUAUAGUCAGCCCAUUCAAACCCCAGCCCAGUAUGCCUCACCAGUCUUCAUGCAGCCUGUAUAUAAUCCUCACCAACAGUACUCAGUCUACAGCAUCGUGCCUCAGUCUUGGUCUCCAAAUCCUGCACCUUACUUUGAAACACCACUGGCUCCCUUUCCCAAUGGUAGUUUUGUGAAUGGCUUUAAUUCACCAGGAUCUUAUAAAACAAAUGUUGCUGCUGUGAAUAUGGGUCGACCAUUCCAAAAAAGUCGUGUGAAGCCUCAUUUUAGGUCAUCAGGUGGUUCAGAACACUCUACAGAGGUCUCUGUGUCAUUGGGGGACGGACCAUUAAACAGAUCUGGUUCAAGGAACUUUGCAGCUGAACGGCAUAACCCUGCAGUAACAGCGCAUCAGGAGCAAAGCUACCUGCCAAAAGAGACCCCCACUUUGCAGAUUGAACAGAAUGGGGACUAUGGUAGGGGCAGGAGAACUCUUUUCAGAGGUCGAAGACGACGAGAAGAUGACAGAAUCCCAAGACCCCAUCCUUCAACAGCUGAAGCUAAGGCUCCAACACCAAAGUUUGACUUACUAGCCUCAAAUUUUCCUCCUUUACCUGGGAGUUCAUCAAGAACACCAGGUGAACUUGUUUUGGAGAGUAGGAUGUCUGAUAUUGUUAAAGGUGUCUACAAAGAAAAGGAUAAUGAAGAGUUGAGAGUUAGUUGUCCAGUGCCUGCAGAGGAUGAACAGACAGACUGCACCUCUGCCCAGCAACUCAGUAUGAGUACCAGUCCUCCGUGUACAGCUGAGCCUCCUGCAUUAAGCACAACUCAGCAAGAAAAGGAUUUACCAGAGGAUUCCACUGUUCAGAAGGAUGUUCUCAACCAGACGACAGUAUCAGUUUCUUCCCCAAGUACUGCAAAGCCAUCAAGGACAAAUACUGCUUCCCCCUGUAAUAGUAACGUAAACGUAGCUGUAACUGUGGCCCUGCAGGAACCCCGAAAGCUAAGUUACGCUGAAGUGUGCCAGAAGCCCCCUAAAGAGCCAUCUCCAGUUCCUGUGCAGCCACUACGAGAACUCCGCUCCAAUGUAGUGUCUCCCACCAAAAAUGAAGAGAAUGGAGCUCCUGAGAAGUCCAUUGAGAAACCACAUGAGAAGCCAGAAGCAAGGGCUAGUAAGGAUUAUUCUGGCUUCCGAGGCAAUACCAUUCCUAGGGGAGCAGCUGGAAAAAUCAGGGAACAGAGACGCCAGUUUGGCCAUAGGGCUAUACCUCAGGGAGUGACUCGACGUAACGGCAAAGAGCAAUAUGUGCCACCCAGAUCACCAAAGUAAAAAACAAACAAAAAAAACUAUUCAAAAACUUUUCUCUCUUCCCAUUAAACUUGAGCUGCCGUGGCUGUACUGAACUGUUUUGGAGGGGAGCGGGUAGCCAGGAAGGAAACAGGAGAAAGUCUGUCCUUAAAUCAUUAUGGAUUUUGGAGUUGUGAGCAGUAGAAUCCCAAAAUUCAUCUCUAAAGUGAUUUUAAAGUGCUGGAGGAGUCCAAUCAGUAUAAAUAUAUAUAUAUAUAUAUAUACACACACAUAUAUAAAAAUAUAAUUUUUCUAUUUUUGUUUUUGAUUUUAAUUUGCAGAGAUCUUCUGCCUGGAAUCAAUUUUGAGGGUUCAGAUUUAGCUUGGGGAAAAAACAUAUUACACAUCCUUCAGUAUAAGAGAUGAGGGAGUGAGAGAAAAUAUUUUUUGAAGAAACAUUUCUGUAAAAUUAGAAAUUACUUUUUUUAAUCUAUUUAAAGUUUGGCUUGGAGAAUGCCAUCUUUGCCUAUAUGGCCUUGUGUUGCAAAGCAGAUCAGUGGCUGGGGUGCCUGUUGUGGUGUGAGUGUGUGCACGAGUGAUUGGAGCCAAAUCUGUUGUCAUCUUAGUAAAUGAUUUGAAAAUUGAAUGUAAUACGUACUUGAGUAGAUUUUUUUUUCCAGUUUGAAAUGUAAUCUCUUUUUGACCUUACUGAUGUUUCAUUCAACAUGAAGCUGUUAAAACUCUGAUUGUACUUGGAGAUGACUACCAAUCAGUUUAAUACUCAAGGAAAGAAUGGGGGUUAUUCAGAAAAUUGAAAAUCUGUCUUAGAGUGGAUAGGUCAAAUGGACUUUAGAAGUUUAAACUGCUCUGUGAUUUCUUUCCCCCCUAAAAUAGGAAACAACUUUUUUUGUUACUUCAUUUGUCAGUGUCUGUUCUUUGACUACCAACCCCCAAAAGCAAAAUAACCAAACACCUAUGUAAUUGUAUGUUUCUAACUGCCUUGACCAGUCAAAUCUCAUAACUGUUCUAGAUUUCUGAAUUGAACAGUGAAGUAUUUUAAUCUUCUAUUCAAGCAUUUAGAACUUUAGAUCCCAGAACGGUAGGGCAGACUGACCCUACAGUAAUUUAUUUGUGUUAGAGCUAAAGAUGAAACAUUGUAAUUGAGUCUCUUACAGUGUUAAAUAGUAUAGAAGUAAAAAUAAUUUUUUUAAAGGCUUAAUUUGGGGGCAACUUUUUCUAUUUACAAUGUAUUUAUCGCCUGCCUUCCUUCCCUUUCUCCAAAAAAAUAAAAUAAAAAAAUAAAAAAAUAACAGUUUGGAAUUCACAGAAACAGAACCAGCAAGUCAUGAGAUUUUUGAGUUAAGGUGAGAAAGAUAGUUGAAGAAAAUUAAUACAUAAUUUCUCAGUGAAUAAAGUUGUAGCUCUCAUAUUAAAUAGGCAAGUUUACAUGCUGGUAUUUAGAAAAUGGCUAAAAUGUUAAAAACCAUGUUACAUUAAUCUGUUUUUUAAGUCAUACCAUUUUCAGAGUUCUGUGUAAAGUGGGGUUUUUCUUUUUAGGGAUAGUUUGUAAUAGUAAUAACUGUCCCUUAUAUUAGUGAAUUACAUAUGUACAAAUUGAAACUGUAAAUUGUGAACACUGGAAAGCACCAUUGUGACAUAGAGUAAACAUCUUAGUAAUAUAUUAAAAUGAAUGUAAAUGGAAGUUAAAAUUACAUUACUGUGAAACUCAUCUUCCAACUCUUAAGUUAAGCUUUGGAGAUUUGUAUUAGUAGGUAACUGUUCAAAGCUUUGAAAACACUGCACAUUUAUGUACACGCCAGAAUUACCAUUUCUUUGUAACUUAUUCAGCUUGGCAAUUGCUUUUGAUUUGGUGGAUUGAUAACGUGGUGUAAUAUAUUUAAGUAGUUUGGAACUAUUCAUUUCUACACACUAUUUUUUUAAAAUCAUCUAGAUGAAACAUACAAUUAAACUGCCUGUGCUAAACAUUUGGGGGAAGUUUAGGUUUUUUAAAAAAGUAUCAGUAAUCAUUGACUACAUCUAUGAUAAAACUGCUUAUUUUGGUUUACUUAGAUAAUAAUGCUGCAGUUGGUGGAAAUGAUAAACAUUUAAAGUGUUAACACUCUGUGAAUGCAUUGGAUUUAAGAGAAUAAACAUUUUAUAAAAAUCACUUGGCAAGGAUUAUAAACUUAAUUAUUGCACUUGAAACAAAACAUUUUUUUACAACAUGUCACAGAAGUGGGCUUGUAUUAUUUGUAUGCUUGUGUGACUUACCCAACUUCUAAAAACUAAAUAUCCUAAUUGAAACACAAGAAAAGAGUCUUCUUUUUGAAGAAAGCAAGUUUGUUCUUGCGUUUUCCCAAAUGUUAUUGAUAGUAGAAAUUUAAUUUAAAGACAUGACCUUUUAAAAUUUCUUAUAAAAUAUAUAGUUUUAAUUUAAUUUGCAUCAUUAUAGCUAAUAGCUCCCAUUUUGAUGGGAUGUAUAGGGCAGAAUUUGUGUGUGUGUGCGCGCGUGCGCGUGUGUGUACAUAAAAUAUAUAUAUAUUCACAGUAUGUAUUUAGCAUUUAUUUUAUUACAGCAGAUUUCAGGUUUGUAUCUAAAUGAUGCCUAUGAGUUGUGUGAAACUGUUGGCUUUUUUCCCUGCAUUACUCUGUAACUGAUAAGGUUUGGGCAUUCAUUGUAGUUUAGCUAUUUAUUUGGUUCUUUAGAAGGAAGAAUUUAUAUGUCAAAUUUUUCUCUUCAUCCUUUUGGCUUAACACUUCUUGGGUUGUUGAAGGCUAAAAGUAGAUGCAAAUGAUACUGAUUGUAUGGUACAUUGAUCUUCUGCCAUAGUUCUUAUUGCAUGAAGAGAAGAGUCACAGAAGUUCUCCGUCUUGCACUUCAUAGACAUGUAUAGAGAGAUUGCAAAAUUAUCUCCAUUUCCUCUUCUGAUUAUUAAGGUUUUCGUGAUACCUAAUCUAAUCUGAAUAACUUCAUUUUUGCAAAUGUAGACACUGGCAUUCGAAAGUGAUCCGUCUAAAAUUUGUUUCAACUGGAUUUUGGGAGAAGAUAAAAUCUUUCAGUGAUAGGUUUUUUUGUUGUUGUCAUCUUAUGUGCUUAAUUUGCAUGUGAUCAAAUGACAUGCAUAUUUUAAUUUAUUUUUGGUUCCUAAAAUUAAGGUAGAUUAAAUAUUGUUUCACAUUCCUUUUUCUUUUUUAAAUAAGCAGGUUGGCUUUGCAGAAAGCUUAAUGAUUGAGUAUUAGCAUCUGCUGGAGCAGAAAAUAGUAUUUAAAAGUUACUGAAUAUUUUCUCUAGCUUUAGUAGUUAUGGCCUUAAUAUUUAGUCUUUUGGCUUACAUGUCCACUGAUUUCACUUUGACAGUGAACAGCACUGGGGUAAAGUCUGAUGUUUGUGUUGGCCAUGUAUGUUAACCAUAUUUUAAAAGUAUCCAGUUUGUUUUUACAGAGACGAUAAAAUGCAAAAGAGGACAAUGUAUUCCUUUUGAGGGAUUUUUAUAAAUUCUUAACUAUACAAUGGGGGAUUUUUUCUAAUUUUUUGUAUUUCCUUACAAUUUGGUGGCUGUUAAUUUAACUUUAGGCUUUUGGUGUGUGCUAAUUUAGCUAAUCUGAGCCUCUAACAAGAUACAUGGACAUUUCAGUUCUCAUUAGCUGACUGAAGACAUUUUAAGAAGUUGAAAGAAAAUUUGUUUUCAAGUUGAGAGUAAAUUCUAUUUCAAAAUACACCUAAUUAUUAAAGUUUUUUUUAAGCCGAGAACUUAUAAAUUGUCGAGUAGACGGUUCCUAAAAGUACAGCUCAGAUACCAACAGGUUGUGUAUAAAAUAAAAUGGUUUUAUUAUCAGUUUUGCAGCAUAAAAUUAACACUGAUUAGCAUAUGGUGGAAGAAACAUCCACAUUAAUUUUGUUUUUCUCUCAUUCAGGUGUCCCUUGAGUGACAUCUCUUAAAACGUUUGCGUUGGGGGUGGUCAGAACCAGUUAUCUGGCUCUAUUUUGUCCCAUUACUUAGGUAUGUUUCUGUUGUCAAAACCGUCCCCCCCAAAAAUGGUGUGACACGUGCUAUUAUGUUAAAAUGAGUACAUCCUUGUAUUUGUAUUUUUGUUUUCAACAUUGCCAAGGUGCUAUGGGAAAUUAAAGUAACAAAAAUUAGAAAAAAUAAAAUUAUUUAAAAGCAGAA